GCUAAUCUAGCUUCACAUUUUAAAUUCAAACUGCAGCUUGGCUUCUUCGAUCGCAAAACUCGUUCAGGUUUUCGGAGAAUUGACUCAAAUCUCAGCAACACUCGAUUUAAAAAUUGUAAAUUACUACAAUUCGGACAACAAAUUAUAUAUCCAAAUUAAAAACAGCGUUCAUUUCUUAAGAAACGCGAUCAAAGAACAAAAAAGAGAUAGAAUAGUCAAGCGUCUGCUCUUUGUGUAAUACUCGUGUCUUUACAAAUAAAAAGAAUUAAUCAAAAUGGUGGGCACAACACUUAAAAUGCGUGGCGACGAGAACGCUUCGGAGAAUUUCAAACAAGUGCAACUGAAGAAAUUGACAGUGCCUUCACAGGAGGCUACAACAAAACGCGCUGCUUUGGGUGAUUUGCAAAAUCGCGGCCUAAAUCGGCCUAUUGCUGCGAAAGACGCGGCGCAGAAAGACCCCAAGGAUCUGAAGCUCACAGAAGCCCUUCGCAAUGCCAAGGCUCGAGUGGAUACCCACUGGAAAAAGGCCCAGGAAAACACCAAUAAUGGCAAUACCGCCGCUCCUCCCAAAGAAGGGGGCGUUUCGGCAUUUUUGCGCGCAAAUUCGGUGCGCAAUCGCGUUCCGACCAAGACGACUGUGGAAUCCACUAAGCUAACGGCAAAGUCGAGUACCAACGAGAAUGUAACCGAGCCCGCCUUAAAACGCGAGGACAGCAACCUGUCCAAGAAAUCACUGACCAAGCUGAGAGCUGCAUUAGCCAAACCCGCGAUGGGGGUUUCCGGAAUUCGUCGGGAACCGGUGGCUGUGGCUCGGAAAGAGCCGGAGACCAAGAAGGAAGUAGUGGAGAACAAGAAGGCAGUGUCGGAGGCCAAGAAAGAAGUGACCAGGAUGCCUCUCAUUAAGUCCAGCAGUGUCAUCGCUGCAACCACCUCAACGAUGCCAACCACCAUGUCUCUUUCCAGCAAGCGAUUGGCUGGAAUCGAGGACAUCGAUGCCAAUGACAAGGAGAACCUGGUGCUGGUCUCCGAAUAUGUGAACGACAUCUAUGACUAUUUGUACCAGGUGGAACAGCAACAACCCAUACACAAGGAUCACCUGGCCGGGCAGAAGGAGGUGUCUCACAAGAUGCGAUCCGUGCUGAUCGAUUGGAUCAACGAGGUCCACUUGCAGUUCCACCUGGCUCCAGAAACCUUCCAGCUAGCGGUGGCCAUUAUCGAUCGUUAUCUGCAAGUGGUUAAGGACACCAAGCGCACCUAUUUGCAAUUGGUCGGAGUGACUGCUCUCUUUAUAGCUACCAAGUACGAGGAGCUGUUUCCGCCGGCCAUCGGGGAUUUUGUUUUCAUCACGGACGAUACGUACACAGCCCGGCAGAUCCGACAAAUGGAGCUGCAGAUCUUUAAAGCCAUCGACUGCAAUCUGUCGCGUCCGCUGCCGAUUCAUUUCCUGCGGCGUUACUCGAAGGCUGCCGGCGCGGAGGAUGAGCACCAUGCCAUGUCCAAAUACUUAAUAGAGCUAGCAUCUGUGGAUUACGAAAUGGCUUCCUAUAGGCCAUCGGAGAUUGCAGCUGCUUCGCUGUUCCUGUCGCUGCACUUGCUCAAUGGUAACUAUCGGGCUGGGACAGGAUUCAACGACCGCCACUGGACUCCCACUUUGACCUACUAUUCGCGUUAUACGGCUGCCCACUUGCGACCCAUUACACGGCUAAUUGCGAAACUGGCCCGGGAUGCUCCCCAGGCCAAACUGAAGGCCAUCUACAACAAGUACCAGGGCAGCAAGUUCCAGAAGAUUGCCCUGCGAACGGAGCUAAGCGGUGCCCUGAUUGACUCCAUCGUGGGCCAGAGUCAAUGGAAGUAGUUGGGCGGAAAGAAAGAUCAUCGAUUACAUAGUUUAGUUUAAUUUGUUUUCAUUUUUUAAAUUUUUAGCGUAUUCAAUGUUCUGUUCGUUUUGUGUUCGUUACAAAAUGCGUAUAAACCCGUAUAUGUAUGUAUAUCAAUCCCGUCAUCAUUAUCUUGAUCAUAAUAAGCAAUCCAGUCGUGCUGGAGUCCCCUAAGCGGUUUUCGCCCGCUUCCAAAAGCUGGCUCCGGCUGCUUUGCCCCUGAAGCAAUAGUUUCCCGCGAGCUGGCCGCUGGGAGUGAGUUGACCGGAUUAAACUGGAGCCCGCCUGCUCCUCCCACUGGGACAUCUCCUCAGUGAGGAGUGAGCGGCGGAGCGGUGGACACCGAGAGAGAGUGGGCAACGAGUUCAUUUGCUGGCCGAACACAUCGGCGUUGUCUCUCCAAGAACUAUAUAUUUAAUCAGCACUAUUUUAACUUGUAUUUAAUAUUUAGCAUCGAUGGGAAUUUGCUCGUCCUGUGUUUUACGACAAAAAAAAAAUGUGCAAAAAUAUUUUCAUAUCUCCCAAAAAUUAUAUGAGACUUAGACUAUUUGUAAUUUAUAUAAUGUAUUCCACACAUUCAUACAAAAAUGCACCUUAAACUAGUUGUAUUGUUUACUUUAAUAUAAACAAAGAUAAGAAGGGUUUUAUCCAAUCUUGAUGUUUCUGAAAGUGUCCCAACAAAUAUAUAACAAAUAAAGUUUUGAGUACUUUUA